AUGUUAAAUAAUUUUGAUGAAUUGCACAUCUUAAGGCUCCCGAAAAUUGUUAAUACUUUUGCUAAAGAUGGUAAUAAUUAAAUUGAACUAAGAGUUCUUACAGUUGAGUAUGAAAGUUAGUAAAAUUAAUGAAUAUGGAAAUAAACAUACAAGAUAUUUCGUGCUAACCAAUAAAAAAAUUUUACUAUUGAAUAAAUCAAGUAACAACAAUGUCAUUUAAAAGCGAUUAGAAGGAAAGUACUUCUGUCCUUUAUUAUUGGGAUAACGAUUUCCUCCAAGAGUUUUGAGUUCAUAUUGCAUUUUAAAAAUGAAUAUGACGAUGAUGAUCUCAGAUUACAAACUGAGAGUAGAUCCAGAUUAAUUGAAUUUAUUGUCAAGACUUAUGCACUUGAAUUUCAUAUCCCUUUAGCUUCAUACUAAGUUCAAGAUUUGAAUCUGAAGAAAUAUGUAGUCUAUAAAUAGGAUAGGAAUAAACACAUUUGUAAAUUGCCAAAUAUUAAACCAAACUACUUAAACUAUAAGCCGAUUAUGGAAGAACAUGAGAAUUCUUUAAAAAUGCAACAAAUAUAUCAAUAAGAUACUGAAUCAAAAUUAUUAUUCGGAGAGUUCUUAUUGCAAUUAAGAGAUUUUGAAUUGAAGAAGAUUCUAUGUGAAGGAAGCAUUUCGUAAAUAGUUUAGAUAAUGAAUACAAAAACACACACUUACCAUAUUAUGAAAUGCAUCAGUAAAGAAGAUUGCGGUUGGUUAAACCUGAAUGAGUUUGUCACUUUUGAGAAAUAUGUAAUAGAUUUAAUAGAUUUAGUCUCAUCAUCCAUUUUUGAUACCUUUGGAAUAUUGUUUCGAAACUUUCAAUAAAUAUUACUUCAUUAUGCCAUAAGCCAAAUGUGAUUUGUACAAGAAGUUGGAUGAAUUGAAGAAAUUUGACUAGAAAUAAUUAUUAUUCAUAGCCUAAGAAAUGGUAGUAGUUUUGGGGGAUUUGCAUAAUAAAUAGAUAGUCCAUGGCGAUUUGACUUUGGAGAACAUUUUGUUAGAUCAAGGUUAUCACAUCGCUCUGUGUGAUUUCGGAUACCUAAGAAGAGCUUUGAAAAGCAAAGACCAGUUUUACGGGGUUGCUGAAUACACUCCACCAGAGACAAUACAAAAUAAAGAUUAUCAAUAUUAUAGUGAUUAUUGGCAGUUGGGAAUCAUUUUGUAUGAAAUGGCUUAUGGUCAUCCCCCAUUUAUUGAUUACGACCAGAACCUAACAUUUGAUUAUAUUUUAAACUGCCAAUUAGAAUUUCCUGUUCCAAUAGAAGUAGAUCCUCAACUAAAAGACCUAUUAUCGAAAGUAAUCUUUUGAGUCUCUAUUUCAGCUAUUGUGCAAGGAGCCAACAAAAAGAAUUGGAUAUCAGAUGGGGAUCUCGGAGAUAUAAGAACAUGAGUAUUUUAAAAAUACGAAUUGGAAAUAAGUAUAUGAUAGACAAUUACAGCCACCAGAGUUUGAGAAAAAAUUAAAAUUGUUUUGAAUUUAGUUUUUCAUCAAUUAUUGAUAUUUA